CUCAUCUCCAACGUCAACUCCUAACUUGGAUCCCUACUAUUACAUACUCACUCAAUCGCCUCUCGGAGAUAUGACCGUCCGCCAAGAUUAGCCAAGCGCUAAGGAAAUACACUACACUCGCUCACAAUCGACUAACAUUCUCCAACGUCCCUGUUACACCACCUGAGAACAAUCAUCUCGACCUGCCCUGACUAACUGAGAGCCCAGCCCGAACAGGCAUCUCUGGACCUCUUGGCCAAGACGUCAGGUCGCGUCUGCCGCUGUCUCAUGUUUUCGUUUCUCGGUCUCAGAUGUCCUAGGCAGUUAGUGCUGUCACUGUGUUCCACGAUGUUCUGUCUUGGUGUUUCUCAUCAAGUUUGAUCGCUGCCCCCUUGCCUCUCAAGCGAGAGAUGGAUCUUGGGUACUAUUGCUCGCUUCAGCCGUCGUCCAUGGCGUUGUGACCCUGAACCGGGCCCCUUCAACCGCCCAGAUGCCAUCCGGUCUGAUGUGCAAGCCCGAGACGUUGAAUUGUCUGGGAUUGUCAUAAUGAAAGCCAGCCUCUUUUCUCGGCAUCUUCGUUUCCGAUCAUCAUCUCCAGUUUUCCCCGAUGCUUUAAACCCUCGUCCCUUCGUCCCAAAAUCGUACCAUCUUCUCUUCUCUUCAGCUCUGGUAGUGUCUCUUUCUUUCAUUCGUUCCUUUGAGACCAAGUUGACUUUACUGUGACCAUUCUUUUUUCUUUAUUUCGAAUUGGUCUGGCACCGUUCGAAAACUUUUAUACAACAUUGUAUUUGCCCUCGGCUUCAUUUCCUUUUUCACUUUCUCUCGGCAAGAUCAACAUAAAGUCAUCACAAUGCAGGUCAAAGGCGUAAUCAUUGCUCUUCUGGGCAUCUCUGCCAUUACAGAAGCUGCUGUUGUCCAAAAACGACACCCCCUGGCUCGCGCUCUCCAACGACGACAAUUCGGCGGCGGUCGAUUUGGAGGUGGUGGCCGUGGAGGAGGCGGUGGCGGCAACAACGGUGGCCAGGGCAACAAUGGCGGAAACAACGGCGGCCAGGGCAAUAACGGCGGCAACAAUGGCGGCAACAAUAAUGGCGGCAACAACGGUGGUAAUAACGGAGGCGGCGGUGGCGGCGGCAACACUCUGGACGCCAACGCCGUGCAAACUGGUUCGCAGCAAGAUGGCAACAACCCCGGAUCGGAUGAGCAAGCUGCCUCAGCAACGGAUAACAACAACUUCAUCAACUUCUGUGCUGGUCAGACACUUACCAAUGGAGAGCAAAACCGAGACGGCUCAUGUAACGGUAUUCCUAUGGGAAAGAUUCCUGGAGCCAACAACAUGGUUUCUUCAGUCUUCACAUCGCCUCAAAACGGUGACAACGUUGAAGCCAAUCAAGACUUUGAUAUCUCCGUACAGUUUAUCAACUUUGCACCUGGCUCGUUCACUAAUGCAACAACCACCUACUAUUCUGCUCCUCAGGACCUCGACGGUGGUGGUAACAUCAUCGGCCAUACCCACGUCACUGUUCAGGACACUGGCGAUAGUCUGAACCCUACUCAGCCUUUGGACCCUCAGCAGUUUGCCUUCUUCAAGGGUAUCAACGAUGCUGGUAACGGCCAAGGUCUCCUCACCGCCAAGGUUGACGGCGGUCUGCCUGCCGGUAACUACCGUAUCUGCAGUAUGUCUGCCGCAUCCAACCAUCAGCCUGUCCUCAUGCCUGUUGCUCAGAGAGGAGCACAGGAUGACUGCAUCCGUAUCACCGUCGGAGGUGGCAAUGGUGGUAACAACGGUGGUAACAACGGUGGUAACAACGGUGGUAACAAUGGUGGUAACAACGGAGGUCAAGCGGGUGGCCAGAACGGCGGCAACCAAGGUGGCCAAGGCGGUGAUCAAAACGGAGGUCAGGGAGGUGAUCAGAACGGAGGCCAAGGCGGUGGCCAGAACGGAGGAGACCAAGCUGCUGAUGCCGGUGGUGACCAGAAUGCUGGUGGCCAAGGCGGCGACCAAAACGGAGGUCAGGGCGGUGACCAGGGCGGCCAAGGUGGUGACCAGAAUGGCGGCGGUGGUCAGGGAGGUCAGGGAGGUCAGGGUGGCCAAGGCGGUAACGGAGGUGGUUUCGGUGGUGGUGGUUUCGGUGGUUUCCAAGCGGCUUCAGCAGGGGGUGAGUCUGGCAACAAGACGGCCUCGGCAGCAUGAAGACUAUGACUGGUUAUCAAAGAGGGAUAGACAGAGCCAUUCGACUUGGCCGUGGCCCUGGCGGUUUUCGGUGUGAGUAUCAGUGGUGGUCCCUAAUUCGAGAAUACUAUUUCGCUCGAACAAGGACAGUAAUCAGGGUGGAGUUUGGGUGUCUGCCUAGUUAGAAUGGUUUUGGGUUUACAUACAUCUAUGGACAAUAGAUGAUGGAUGGAUAUGAGCUGGAGGUGAAUGUACGUCAAGAUAUGUUGUUUAUUAGUUGAAUAAGAUUUGGUCACUUAAACACG